CCUCUUUAAGUCACCCCUAUCCUUUGUGGAAAAAGCGGAGGCAUCCGUCGUCAAGAGUUCAUUCUGCGCAAGAGGCCGGCUUUUGAACCUUGGCCUGGCAAACAUCUUUGGGAAGUAGUAGGCCUCCGUAGUUAGGAUAGGUUGAUUUUGUAGCAGAGCUAAAGGAGAAGAAGACGAUAGAGAUGAAUCCUGGACGCUGCUGCUGGGCGAAAUCACAACACGGCGCACACACCAAACCCUAACUCCAGGACACGCACUUCACCGCUCAGAAAAAGGCGAGCCUGGGGGGGCUUGGAGGAGGAGGGUUGGCACAAGUAGCUGUCCAUCAAAGCAGCAAUGGGGGGGCUGAUGUGGAGCCUGUGCGCCCUACUCUACCUCUCCCUGUGGGAGGGAAGUUCCUGUCAGAGUUCUGGUGAAACCCGGCGGACUAAAGAGACAUCUCUUCACAGAAGUAAAAGAGCUCCCGUAGAUCCCGAUGUCAAAAAGUGUUCCUACACCUUCCUGGUGCCUGAGCAGAAAAUUACAGGUCCAAUCUGUGCCAGCUCCACGGGCCCCGAGCCAGACAAAGACAGAGUGACCCGCAUGGACCUUGCAGACGUGCGAGAAGUACUGAACAAACAGCGGCGCGAGAUCGACACGCUACAGCUGGUGGUGGAUGUGGACGGCAACCUAGUGAAUGAGAUGAAGCUGCUGAGGAAAGAGAGUAGGAACAUGAACUCCAGAGUGACCCAGCUCUACAUGCAGCUGCUGCAUGAGAUCAUCAGGAAGCGAGACAACUCCCUGGAGCUGGCCCAGCUGGAGAACCGCGUCCUCAACGUGACCUCUGAGAUGAUGCGUCUGAACUCCAGGUACAGGGAGUUGGAGGCCCGCUUUGCCAGCAUGGCUGGGGUGGUCAACAACCAGUCCGUUCUCAUCUCAGCCUUGGAGGAGCACUGCCUGAGGCCCGUGGGGCGCAGCGAUCUGCCUGCGGUACCUCCGCUGGUUCAGGUGGUGCCGCAGAAUAUCCCUGUCAACAACCGCUUCACCAAUGAAAUACAGCGGGACCACAACAACCAGGCUUUUUCGCGAGGAUCACGUACGAACUCGCCCACUCCAAGCCCCUUUGGAAAUGAACCUCCGCCGCCGCAGGGAACACUCACUUCUGACGGUCCAUUCAAGGACUGCUUCCAGGUGAGGAAAGCUGGUCACACCACUAGUGGGAUAUACCUGCUGAAGACUGACGGAAGCGAGCGUCUGAUCCAAGUAUGGUGCGAACACGGCCUCGACAACGGCGGCUGGACCGUGUUGCAGAGGAGGCGAGAUGGCUCGGUCAACUUCUUUCGCAACUGGGAAAACUACAAGAGAGGCUUCGGUAACAUUGACGGCGAACACUGGCUCGGUCUAGAGAAUAUAUACAACCUGGGCAAGCAGGGUGACUAUAAACUGAUGGUGGAGCUGGAGGACUGGAAUGGCAAGAAGGUGUACGCCGAGUACGGCAGCUUCCGCCUGGAGUCGGAGAGCGAAGGCUACCGUCUAAGGCUGGGGGCCUACCAGGGCAAUGCUGGUGACUCCUUCACUAGCCACAACGGGAAACAGUUCACCACGCUGGACCGGGACAAGGACGCGUUUUCAGGAAACUGCGCCCACUUCCACAAGGGUGGCUGGUGGUAUAAUGCGUGCGGCCAGACCAACCUGAAUGGCGUCUGGUACAGCGGUGGAGUUUACCGCAGCAAGUUUCAGGAUGGGAUCUUCUGGGCUGAAUACGGAGGGGGAUUCUACUCGCUCAAAUCCGUGCGCUUGAUGAUCCGACCUAUUGACUAGAACCUCGCUACAGUGGCUCCCUGAAUUCCGUUGUCUUAUUCUAUUUUAAGUAUCCCUCAAUAAACACUGUACGAGGAUAAAGACUGACAUUUAAGGAAGAGAAGGAGGAAUGUGUUUUUGCAAGGACUGAGGGAUUCUGAGCAUCUCUAAUGCAAAAAACAACAACAGAAACUUUCAGGACGUCAAAAUUUUAAAUUAAAAAAAAUAUGUGUCACUUGAGUGUUAAUCUAGCCUAAGGCUCCCGGGACUAUCAGUAUUAUUUGCAAGUGUCCCAAAUGACUCCUGUUGGAAACAGGGAAUAGGUUCCUUUUUUUCCCCAAUAUGAAAAAUGUAAUUCUCAGGAUCAUCUUACCUAUGGAAGUACUGUCUAUAUGGAAGGUUAAUUAAUAAAGUUGAAUAUUCAUAUUCCGUGUGUCACGUUAUAUCGGUCAUUUCAGAAUCGGAGUACAAUUUGGCUUCAAAUUUUUUUGAUAAAUAAGCCUUCACUUCCUCUGGUUUUCUGCUACAUAUUCAUCAAAAAUAGGUAAUAAACUCUUAAAGGCUUGAUUAGCUCAUCUUACAGAUCAAUGUUAACAUUUUUAUGACAAGAUUUAUGAAUAUCAUCAUCACAGUAACAGGGUUGGAAAUCCGUACUACUGUUAGCCUUUUCUCAGCAGUCGA